CGAGGAUCAAAACUAGUCUAUAUUUUAUUGAGAAACUUAAAAGAAAAAUCGUAAAUAGUUAUUUUAUAAUAUACGUUUGAUGUUGCUCUUGUUUUAUACCUUUCAUUUUUUUAAAAGGAUAUUUCUUCAUUAAAUAUCUUCACUCUUGAUAGUAAGGUAUCAGAACAGCAAAACACGUUCAGUUUUGUGGUUAUUAGAGCAAAGAGCAGAAGAAAGAAGAAAGGGAAGCGCGCGAGUCAUAUAAGAAAAGUAUGAACACAAGAGCGGGAGCUAACUCACAAUCCCAGCCACAGCCAUCAAGACGACAACAGCACCUCCACUACGCCAGCUCCCCAACGACGUCGUCUCAUUCUUCAUGCUGCUGCUGCCUCUUCCUCCUCUUCUCCUUCUUCGCUCUCUUAGUCCUCGCCGCGCUUCUCGUAAUCGUGCUCGCCAUCAAGCCCAAAAGCCCGCACCUGGACCUCCGCCAAGUGGGCCUCCAGUACAUGGCCCUCGUGCCCAACCCAACUCGCCCAGGCCCAUCGACCGCGAAGCUCUACCUCGUGAUCCGGUUGGUGCUGGCGGUGGUGAACCCGAACGAGGUGGGGAUCAGGUGCGGCGAGUCCAGAGUCACGGUCGUGUACCGGGACACACCCUUGGGCAGGACCUCCCUGCCCGCGUUCUGCCAGCGCGCUCACACCGUGAAGGAGGUGGUGGCCACCAUGGCAGUGGAUGACGUUAACUUGUCCAACGCCGAUGGUGCUGACUUCGCCAGAGACGCGUUGCUCAAUGACAGGGUCGAGCUGAGGGUGUUGGCCCAUGUCGCCACCAAGAUUCGCCUCUUCAACCUACCAUCUCCUCCACUUCAGGUCUCAGUGAAUUGUGUAAUAGUGAUAAGUCCAAGAAAGCAAUCUCUAACUUACAAGCAGUGUGGAUUCGAGGGAUUGAAUUAAUGUUUAAUGAGGGGUGUUCAUCGAUCUCAUCUACUAAGACUUGACAGCAUCAGUAAAAUUCCUUAUUUUUCACUCAAUUUCUCAUUUGACUCUCAUUUCUUCCAGUAAUUAACUUGAGGAAGAUAUUUGAAUGCCAAAGGAGAAAUUCAAAGAUUGGAUGGGAGAGGGGGAGGAUUAAGGUGAGUUUGAAUAGUAACUUAAGGAAUUUACACAAAAAUUGAUUAACUGGAAAGGUGAGGAGGAAGAUUUCAGAAAGGGUAUCAAAUGAAGAUGUUCAGCAGUUGUCGAAGAAUUUUGUUACUUCACUAGCUACUUGGAAGGAAGACCAAAAACUGAGGAAAGCUAUGAUGAUGUGUAUAAUACAACCCAAUGAAUAGCUGAGGUAUACUUUUCUUUCUUUAUUUUGGGUCAGGCUAAGGCAUUGCUGACUUUGAUUCUUAUGCUCUCAACUUGCUUGGACUCCUCGCUGAAUGCCUUGGACAUGCCCUCAACUUGAAGUAUAUUCAACGAGGAAUCAAUGUAAAGUUAAAUGACUAGUGUUUAUAAUUCAAGAUUGAAUUUUAUGUAUUGUUAAGUGUAAAACAUUUUAACAUACACUUAAUUGGAAUUCACCUACUUUUACUUUUUUCUUACCGAGUUCUACCUUGUUCGAUCUCCAAGAUACUGGCCUCCGAUGAUUGGUCCAACGUGUACUCUCUGUUCUAAUUCUCUUGCUUUGAGCGAGGUGUGAGACACCUGCAAGGGACUAUGAUGCAUAAGUCAAUAGGUGUUUAAAUGAGUAUUUGAUCUAUUGAAUAGUACUUACCUUUCUCUUC